GAUAAACUCAUCCAUCAGCUCUGACGACCACCAUACGAGCCGAAAGACGCACGGCACAACACAGACCCCGGAAGAUCAGGAUACCACAACAUGCUGCGUCCAGGUCGUCUCGCCGUCUCGGCGGCGCUCCUCCUCUUCUCCGCCGCCGUCCUUCUCUCCGCCGUCCCGGCAGCCAGAGCGCAGGAGGAAACUGAUCAUGAGGAGGAGUUCAGCUACUCGCUGGACGCAGAGAACGGGCCGGCGCACUGGGGCGAGAUCAAGGAGGAGUGGUCGGCGUGCGGCAAGGGUUCGAUGCAGUCGCCCAUAGACCUCGCCAGCCCGCGCGUCUCCCUCGUGCGCCACCUCGGCUACCUCAACCACUCCUACCGCCCCGCCCAGGCCUCCAUCAUCAACCGUGGCCACGACAUCAUGCUGAACUUCGAAGGCGAUGCCGGAAGCGUGACCAUCAACGGCACCGUCUACUACCUCAAGCAGCUGCACUGGCACUCACCCACCGAGCACAGCGUCAAUGGCCGCCGGUACGACCUGGAGCUGCACAUGCUGCACCAGAGCGCCGAGAAGAAGGCCGCCGUCAUCGGCGUCUUCUACGAGAUCGGCGCACACGACGCCUUCCUCCACAAGCUGGAGCCUUACCUCGAGAUGAUAGCGGAACAGAAGGACAGGGAGGAGAAGGUGGGGGUGAUGGAUCCCCGGGGCGCCAGGGGCAGGGCCAGCGUGUACUACCGCUACAUGGGCUCCCUCACCACGCCGCCCUGCUCGGAAGGGGUCAUCUGGACCAUCGUCAGGAGGGUUCGCACGGUGUCAAGGCCACAGCUGGAGCUUCUUCGGACGGCCGUCCACGACGAAAUGGAGAAUAACGCGAGGCCCCGCCAGGAGGUGAACAGCAGGGAUGUCAGCAUGUUCCAGCCUUCUCAACACGGCAAACAUUGACCUUCGAUCUGGGUGUGUUCUCUGAUUAGUUUGGCGCAUUUUCGGCCCGAGAUAUAUAUGAGAUUGCAUAUUGCAUUUGUACGUUUUAGUUCUUUGUAUUGAUUUCGAUGCCGCGUAUACGGUUACUGAAUAAACGAACACGACUGGUUCGUAUCAAUGUGUAUAUGUCUGAUGUGGAGAUCUAUAUAUCGCCGAUUUAAUAAUUGUUGCCCUGUUGGGUGCUACAUAUAUAACUCA